AGGACAUUAUAUGCAAAAAACCCCAGAAUACACAUUCUUUUCAAGCAUGUGUAUUUCAGAAUACACAUGAAACAUUCCUUAGGAUACACCACAUACGAGGACACAGAACAAGCCUCAACAAAUUUAAGAGGAUAGAAAUUAUUUCAAGGUCUGCGCUCUGGGCUCGACUGAGGCUCCCUGGCCGCUUGCGCUUUUUGCUCCUUCUCCAAGAUGUUGGCAGUCAGCGCACUGAGGCAGGAUCUGGGCGAGCCUCGUGAAGAUUGCUUUGAUGGUGAUCACAGCUUUGAGGACAUAGGGCUAGCUGCUGGCCAAAGCCAAGAAGAAAAGAAACGUUCUUACAAAGAUUUUUUAAGGGAAGAGGAAGAAAUCACUGUUCAGGUAAGGAAUUCUUCCAAGAAGAGGUUAAAGGACAGUGAACUUUACUUCUUGGGGAUGGACAAGCACAAGAAGAGGAAGCACUCCUCUGAUGAUUACUACUAUGGAGAUAUUUUGUCUUUGGAAUUGUCACAGAAGAAAAAGUCCCGCCCACAAUCUGCUGACACAACUAUGGACCUGUUGAAAGGGAUCACUUCCCCUCUGGCAAAAGGCACCAAGCCCCCCCAAAAGACAGGAGAAAAGUCCUCCAGUUCUUCAAGCCAUUCAGAGAGUAAAAAGGAACACCACAGGAAGAAAGUCAGCAGAAGCAGUGGGGAGCUGUCCCUGGAGGAUGGUGGUUCCCACAAAUCCAAAAAAAUGAAACUGCUCUAUGUGAACACUGAGACACAGACCCUUUGGGAGCCUGAUGGGUUAAAGAUGAAACUUAUUCUCUCACCAAAGGAGAAGGGAAGCAGCUCAGUUGAUAAGGAGUCUUUUCAGUACCCCUCUCAACAAGCAAUUGUGAAAAAAUCCUCUAAGACGUCAGCUUGAGAUGAGCAAGGUGCUUUACUCCUAGGACACGAAUUACGGAGCUUUCUGAAAACAGCCUGGAGGAAGUACAAGUCAUUCUCAGAUUCACAUUCGUCUCCUGGCCCUGAAGGCUAUGGGUCUGAUGCCUCCCAGUUCCCAGAAUCCCACAGUGCUAACCUUGAUCUUUCAGGGCUUGAACCUAUUCUAGUAGAAUCAGGCUCCUCCUCUGGCGGGGAGCUGGAGGCUGGGGAGUUAGUGAUUGAUGAUUCUUACUGGGAAAUCAAGAAGAAAAAGAAGUCGAAGAAGAGCAAAAAGAAGGACAAGGAGGGCUUCCCUGGUGGCGCAGUGGUUGAGAGUCCACCUGUUGAUGCAGGGGACACGGGUUCCUGUCCCGGUCCGGGAAGAUCCCACAUGCCGUGGAGCAGCUGGGCCCGUGAGCCAGGGCUGCUGAGCCUGCGCUCCGCAACGGGAGAGGCCACAACAGUGAGAGGGGCCCGCAUACCGCAAAAAAAAAAAAAAAAAAAAAAAAAGAAGGACAAGGAGAAGCAUAAAGAGAAGCGACACUCCAAGUCCAAGAGAAGGUUGGGACUUCCUGCUGCACCAGCGGGAGAGGUCCCAGCGCCGCCCGGCCCUCCGCCCAGCAUCCCGUACACUGGAGCAGCCGCCCCUCCCCCACCGUUUCCUGGCCUCCACACGGAUAGGCACAGUGAGAAAAAAAAGAGAGAAGGACAAAGAGAGAGAGAAGAAAAGCCAAAAAAGAACAUGUCGGCCUACCAGGUGUUCUUUAAGGAGUAUCGUGUAACCUUUGACCAUCUAGGCAUAGAUUUUGGGAAACUCCCAAAAAAACUGGCUGAGGUGUGGAAGCAACUGCCAGAAAAGGACAAACUGAUUUGGAAGCAAAACCCUCAGCAUCUGCAACACAAACAGAACAAAGCAGAAGCUACAACUGUGAAAAGAAAAGCAUCCAGCUCAGAAGGUUCCAUGAAAGUGAAAGCUUCCUCUGCAGGAGUACUGUCGCCGAAGAAAUCCGCACCCACCAACAUGCUAUUAUUACCCGCCUCGCCAGACAAAGCCCCCGGGACAGAGCCUGUCGACGUGGCCGCUCAUCUCCAGCUGUUGGGAGAGUCCCUGAGCCUCACUGGACACCACCUGCAGGAAACCCAGGGCAUGGUGGCUGUGUCUGGCAAUCUGUCAGUGCUUCUGGAUUCCAUCAUCUGUGUGCUUGGCCCCUUAGCGUGUGUGACCACACGACUACCUGAGUUGAAUGGCUGUCCCAAACAGGUCUUGUCAAACACGCUGGACCACAUUGCUUACAUCAUGCCUGGACCGUGACAGCAGACUCCUGGGACAGAAACCUUAUCUUGCCUGUUGCUGGCUUGUGUAUAUGUGACUGUUGCAGAUCCCUUCACUGGCCUCUGGGUGUAGAUUUUAAAUUUUUAUAUAUAUGCAUAAUGUGUAUAUAUAUAUAUAUAUGUAUAAUGUAUAAUAUAUACAUAGGACUGUAACUACUUUGCUUUUAAUAAUUUUAUGAAAUGGCAAAGGUCUAGCCAAGAGGAAACCUUGGUAUGAAUAUGGGCUUGGGAUUAUUUCUUCUCCUGUGGUGGAUGAAUCUGCCUUAAAAACCAAUGUAACUUGGGGGCUGGAGGCUUGUUCUGGAUGUCAAGUGCAUCGCUUUAAGGUCAGCCAAAAUGUGAUUUUUUUCCAAACUCAAUUGUACCUCCAGACCCAUCACUGACCAUUUGCCUUACCUGUCUUACAGUCUGAAAUGCAAUGGGAAAGAUUAUGGGAAGACGUUAGUUAACUGAAAGUACAAAGCUUUACAACUUGAAGUGACCUAGGUGGGAGAUGAUAACAUCAUUCCCAUCUGAAAGUUGUUGCGAUGGCUUAAGUGAACUUAGUAGGGGGCUUCAUCCCAAUUCCUGCUCUACCAGCGUCCAUGUCUCAAAACUUAUUGUAAUCAUUGGUACCAUUGGCAGCCUCAGUCAGAGCCAAGGAGAUUUGUGAGCCCUGGAGAGGGUAAGGCCGUUAAUGCCACCAGCUGAAUGGACUAUAUUGUGAGCUGACCCACAGCAUUUGGUCUGCAGAGCUAAGAGCUGUUAUCUUCCAUUGGCAGCGUCAGCUUAGCUCACAGUUCUGCUGCUUAGUUGCUUGGUGGGUGUGGAAGGUGAGCUUUGCCCAGCCUGAUUCCUGGGUUCAUCUCAUUGGCUCCCCUGUUGGGCAGAUACACAGUGUUCUGCAUUCCACACUUAAGCAAAUUGCGAAAAAAGUACUCUAUUCUCAUGUAGGUUUGUUUAUGUGCAUGUGUGGAUGUGUUUUAAUUAUGUGUAUUUAACUCUUUAAACUCUCUUAGAUUUUAAUUUAUCCUGUAAAUUUCUGUAUAUAUAAUUUAAAAACAAGAGCCUCCACCAGCAACAGCAUGUGGAAGAUACAGAUUUGUCAUUUCUUCCUCCCCUCCUUCCUCUGGUCUCUUCUGCAAACUCCAAAUCAUCUACACGUUCAGGUACUGUGCCUCGGAAAGGAAUCAUAUUGGGAUUCUAGUUCUUUACAACUGAACAGUGUCAAGAAACUAAAUAAAAAGGAAUGUUACCAUUCCCAGCUGCCCUUAUUUCCAAAGAACCAGAUUUUUGCUUCCCAGUUCCAAAGAAAACAGUUGAGGGCUUCAGGGUUGUUUUUAAAUUGGGUUUGAGAGUCCACGUCAAAACCAGACUCUGAGGUGACUGCUUUCUUCCCUUGGCCUGGAUGGAGCACCGCAGUAUCAAAGUAGAUCUUUGAGGAAAGUGCCGCCAUCCUGCAUCCUAUUUAAUUCCUUCCUUUCUUCCCACCAGUGUGGUCACAGGGCUGUUUUUCUUAAAGGUAUUCUGGCUGCUGAAUGCCAUUCUCACCUCACAGCAGUUUUGAGAUUUAACUGGGGAAACAGAAGGAAACAGGAAUGUUUGGGAACCAAAAUCACGAAGAGCAGAAAUCCUGGUUUGAGUUUGUGUGUUAGCACCUGUCCCACGCCUCCUCUGUACCCAUGUCAGUUUCCUGUUUGACAUAGAGUAUCAAGGAAGGGCCUCAGAGACAUGGAUUAGUACAGAAAGAAGUCAAUCCUACCAUUGUCAUUUGUACACAUUAAUAAAGUCCUGAUGAGGACCUGAUUUUUGUUUGUUUUCCUUUAAAAUCCAACCCUAUUGUAUUUGUAUUUAAAAUUUGUACACAUUUGUAUAAUCUGUUCCUUGUGGUAUUUGGUACUGUUAGAGGAAAACCUUUGGAUUCAAACCUUCUUGCAGUUUUUAUAUCAUUGUUUUAUUUUGUCUUUUAAAUAAAUUCUAGCAGUUUGAUCCAAAUCCCAUUACAGUUGUAUAAAGAAAUAAAAUUUUGUACUUACAUUAUUAAAAAUCACAUUUUUAA